CCCGCCCCUCUGUCCCGCCCCCCGGCCCGCCCCGACCAUGGCGGCGCGGCUGUGGCGGCUCUGCAAUCUCCUCAUGGCCGCCUUCUUCGGGCUGGCGGCCGCCGUGCAGGUGAACGAUCCCGACGCGGGGCUGUGGAUGGUUGUCUACUUAGUGCCAGCUGCCCUGACACUGCUUGUCAGCAUCAACCCUUCAAUAACAGAUAAUGGUGUUUGGAGGAGCCUCUGUGACCUUCAUUCUGCUGGCUGUGUUUUUGGGACCAUUGCCUUGGCUUGCUCUUUGAUUGCUUAUGCUCAAGGAAACAUUUUUCAUGAAGAGGAAGGCAGAGAGUUGUUUGGUCUGGUGAUUAUUACAAUAUGGAUGAGUCUUUGUCGCAGUUCAGCAAAAUGCCCAAGCAGUAGCAGCUGGUGCUACAGCCUGGAGGAUCUUGCACAGAUAACAGUUGGGGCAGGGGGCAAUGUAAGUCUACACAAAGCACUUCUUCUGGCCCCCUGCCAUAAUGGGUGCAUUUCCCCUUUGCUUAAGGUGCUUUUUAAAAAUUCCAACUAGUUUCUGUAGCCUGAGUUGUCAGGAAAUUCUUUGUGCCUCUCCACUAAAGGACUGGUGAUGCAUCCAUAGGAGCCCCAUUGAAGUGGCCAAAGACUCUCUGCUCUUUCCAGCUGCAGGCAGAUGUGAAUGUUAUGUGGUAGCUGUAGCAGUGGCCAAGAAGGCCAAGGACAUCCUGGCCUGUCCCAGCCAUGGUGUGGUUAGCAGGAUGAGCACAGUGCCUGUCCCUUGUGCUGGCACUGCUGAGGCACCUCCAGUCCUGGGGUCAGGUUUGGGCAUCUCAUUUCAAAAAGGACUUUGAGGGAUUGGAGUGUGUCCAGGGAGGGGAACAGAGCUGGGGAAGGGUCUGGAGCACCAGGAGUCACCAAGGGAGCUAGAGUGGCUCAGUCUGGAGAAAAGGAGGCUCAGGGGGGACCUUUUCACUGUCUUCAACUCCUGUUCAACUCUACAACAGGAGGGCACAGCCAGGUGAGGUUCAGGCUCUGCUCCCAGAGAAAAGGGACAGGGCCAGAGGAAACAGCUUCAAGCAGUGCCAGGGGAGUUUGAGAUUAGAUCCUAGGAAUCUGAAAGAGUGGGCAAGCAUUGGCACAGGCUGCCCAGGGAGGUGGUGGAGUCACCAUUCCUGGAAGUGUUGAAAAAACCCAACUGGAUGUGGCACUGCACCAGAGGGUUUAGUUGGCAUGGUGGUAUGCAGUCCAACCUUGGACUUGAUGAUUGUGGAGGUCUUUCUCAACCUGAAAGAUUCAGUGAUCUGAAGUAGCUCUGUUGGAUUUGUUCUG